AUGGUGAAUGUUGGUGUGAAUGGAUUUGGCCAUAUUGGGCGUCUGGUUACCAGGGCUGCCUUCAGCUUUGCACUUGGCAAAGUGGAGAUUGUUGCCAGCAACGACCCCUUCAUUGACCUCAAUUACAUGGUCUACAUGAUUCUGUAUGGCUCCACCCAUGGCAAAUACAAUGGCCCAGUCAAGGUUGAGAAUGGGAAGCAGGCAUCUGAGGGCCCACUGAAGGGCAUCCUGGGCUACACUGAGUACCAGGUUGUCUCCUGCAACUUCAACAGCAACUCUCACAUUUUAACCUUUGAUGCUGGGGCUGGCAUUGCUCUCAAUGACAACUUUGUAAAGCUCAUUUCAUGGUAUAACAAUGAAUACGGCUACAACAACAGGGUCGUGGACCUCAUGACCUACAUGGCCUCCAAGGAGUAAGAAACCC